CGCGCGCGCGCGCAUGUGCACUUCCGUUAGUCAACCGUUUGGCCAGUUAUUCUCGGCCAAGAGGUGUUGAUGUUCCCUGUGUGUCUGUGUGACGGAGAUUGGGUGGGGUCCCCUCUAGCACUGGUUCUGGGCUCGGGGGACGGUGAAAAGCCGAGGGACAGCUGAGGUGUCUCCAGAGCCGGUGCCUCAGCGAUGAAGAGGAUUUUCGGCUUGGGGAGGAGGCAGAUCGCUCCGUCUGAGAGACCCCGCAACCUCUGCGGGAUCGACGGGUCGGGUUACCUCCUCCGGGACCGGGACCUUGGCAAGAUCCACAAGGCCGCCAGUCGUGGCAAAGUGGCCAAAGUGCAGCAGAUCCUGUUGCUCGGAAAAAAUGGCGUGAAUGACAAGGACAAAAAGAACAGGGGCUACCCGCAAGCGGCCAUCAAACCGAGAGGCUCAGCUCCUUCCGUCUGAAGAGCCCGAGUGCCUAGGACUUGGAAACUUUACCUGGGGUUUGGCGCCCAACGGGUCUUCAGGAGCAACAAGAACCAGUACAAAUCCUUUUGCACUCACAAAUCCCUUAGAGAGUACCAAUGUUGAAGUGAUUUAACCAAGUGUCAAUAGAAAGAAAUGAAAUUGUCUGUAUAAUGAUGUACACAUGUUUAAUGAAAUACGUUUCAGAAAACUGCAUGAUGGGAGAAAUAAUUCCCACAGUAUAUCAACUUCUGGGCUAAAAAUUCUUCCAAUACAAUCCAAUAUCUAUUUUAUGCACAGGUAUUCACUAACAGCUAUACCUGUGCAUAUCUGUCCUUUAGGGGGGUUUAAAAGGAAACAUCUGUUUCUUGCCCUAAAGAUGUGGUACAAUUGUUUAAGCAGUUUUAUUCACAUACCAUAUAACCCAUCCAACCUGUACAAUCAAUGGCGCUCAGUAUAAUUGCAGAGUCAUCGUGCUUUAAUUACUAAUCAAUAUUAGAACAUUUUCAUUUCUCCAAAAAGCAAACCCCAUAUCCUUUAUACCUCCCUAUUAUUGACACUUAGCAUGUGUGUUAAUUUUGUUGCAAUUGAUGGAAGAUAUUAAAAUAUUACUGUUAACUGUAGUCCAAAGCUUGCAUUAGGUGUAUCUUUUCCCAUAUACCAUCCUAUUAUCAACACCUUGUAAUAGUAACGUAUAUUUGUUCUACUUCAUGGAAGAACAUCUUAUAUUUGUACUAUUAACCACCUUCAUCAUCCAUAACAGAGUUCACUAGGUUAUACAAUUCCAUGUUUUAUCCUCUAGCUUUCCUUCUCAUGAAUAUACAUGACCCUAAACUUCUCCUUUCAACCACAGUCACACACAUGAUUCAGCACUGUUAAUUAUACUCAAUAAUGUGCUACCAUCACC